CUCCAGGCUUUCAAUAACUACUGUAAUAUGGGCCAAUCUUUGUUCUCUCGGCUGAUUAAGUUGGGAGUACCAAACAUCCAGCUUGACGCCCAAGGUCGUGCUCGGCCUUCACUUGCUCGACUCUACAGUUGGCGUUAUCUCAACCUUACAGACUUGUCACACACUCGUAUUGAAGCCCAAUAUCGCUUGGCCAAUCCGGGAUUUCAGUUUGAAUCGCAGCUGAUCAACGUUGACGACUUCCGAGGCAUAGGAGAAUCUGAGCCAAAUCCCUUCUUCUAUCAAAAUCUCGCUGAGGCCGAAUAUGUAGUAGCAACCUAUAUGUAUAUGCGUGUUCUCGGCUACCCAUCCGAUAGAAUCACUAUUCUGACUACUUAUAAUGGUCAGAAACAUCUUAUCCGUGACGUCAUUUCGACUCGCUGUUCAAAGAAUCCGCUUCUGGGCGAACCUAGCCUAGUGACAACGGUCGAUCGAUUCCAGGACGUCUUAGUAACGCAACUGUAA